AUGUGCUCGCUGCCGGUACCCCGGGAGCCCCUGCGCCGUGUGGCCGUGACCGGGGGCACCCACGGCAACGAGAUGUCCGGCGUCCACCUGGUGCGGCACUGGCUGCAGGCGCCGGGGGAGCUGCGGAGACCCAGCUUUGCCGCCAUGCCCGUGCUGGCCAACCCGGCCGCCGCAGCUACCUGCCGCCGCUACGUCGGCUGUGACCUCAACCGGGCUUUCACCAGCAGCUUCCUCAGCGCGAAGGCCAGUCCAGAUGACCCGUAUGAGGUGACAAGGGCCCGAGAGCUAGACCAGCUCCUGGGGCCCAAAGCCUCGGGCGGGGCCUUCGACCUGGUCCUGGACCUGCACAACACCACGGCCAACGUGGGCACCUGUCUCAUCGCCGAGACGGCCCACCAAGUCUUCGUCAUGCACCUGUGCUGCCACCUGCAGCUGCAGACCCCAGAGCUGCCCUGCCGGGUCCUCCUGUACAGGUGGCAGGGGGAGGAGAGCUACAACGUGGGCUCCGUGGCCAAGAACUCGCUGGGCCUGGAGCUGGGCCCGCAGCCUCAGGGCGUGCUGCGGGCCGACGUCUUCGCCCGGAUGAGGGCCCUGGUGGCCUCCACUCUGGACUUCGUGGAGCUCUUCAACCAGGGCGCCGCCUUCCCGGCCUUCGAGAUGGAAGCGUACAGAAACCUGGGCGGCGUGGACUUCCCCCGCACGGCCGACGGGGACCUCGCGGGCACCGUGCACCCCCGGCUGCAGGACCGAGACUUCGAGCCCCUGCAGCCCGGCGCCCCCAUCUUCCAGCUGUUCAGCGGCGAGGACGUGUGCUACGAGGGGGAGUCCACUGUGUACCCCAUAUUCAUUAACGAGGCUGCCUACUACGAGAAGGGCGUGGCCUUCAUCCGGACGGAGAAGUUCACCUUCUCGGUGCCCGCCCUGCCCGCGCUGGCCCCCACCCCCACCCUGGUGCCCUAA